AUGGCUGAUUCCCCCGCCGUCUUCGCUCCGGUUGACCCGAACGAGCAGCCCAUACUCGAGCGGCUGGUGACUAUACGGGAUGGUCUAGUGCUCAUUAAACAGGAUAAAUCUACAUACGUCAAGUCUCAUGAUGUUAUUCCCUUCUAUGACCAGGCCAUUGAGCAGGUACAGUUAUUGAAUCAGCUCCGCUCUGGCCGAAAGAUAGCUCAAAACAGAGUUGGGAAGAACAACGAGGCGCCGGCAGUGUAUUCCAUGGUUUCUACAAUUAAGCGUCUACUGGACCACCUUAAAGAGGCAGCAUUUUUCAGCCAGAAGGAUCUCGAUUCAAUAAGCGGAACACUCGAUGGCGUGGAAAGCAACAUCAAACGCGGACAAGAUACAUACUCGCCGCAUCUACUGAAGCUUUUAGAGACCCGGCUGGAGACCUGUCGUUCUCAGUUAGCAGAGUUGCAGCAUGAGCUUUCCUUACUCUCUCCCGAACUCACCCCAACACAUGAAACCCUCGUCUCCAUAUUAAGAUCUACCUCUGCGGCGAAUACACGAUCCAAGUUCUCGGCUUCGGAGGUACUUGGUUUCAAAGACCAGCUAAAUGGGAUCAAGUCAAAAAUGGUGGACGGCAAUUUUGUUGCUGCUGAUGGAUCCAUCCCGGCUGGUCAAGAACUAGUGAAAGGCCUUCUAGAAAAAUGCUUUAGAUGGUCCGAUAUCGUACUUGAACGACAAGGAAAAGUCAACGAAGAUUUCUUGAACUACUAUAAUCAACUUAUUGAGAUUAGGAAUCAACUUGAUCAGGUUAAGGAAUCAGGAGGCGUCUCGAAUGCCAGGGAGCUCUAUCCAUAUAGCAUGAAGCUCAACUCUAUCGACAACAUGCGAGUCGAAGGCAAGUUUUAUAUUGGUACCGAUCUCCCCGAGGGCCAAGGGGGCGUCAAUGAGCUUCUCGCAGAAUGUUAUGACCUCUGCUAUGACCUACGAGCGGAUGCUGAGGAGGCAACCCCGCCGCAGCCGUGA